AUGGAACCGAUCAGAUUCACAUUGAACAGAGUGUCCGCGGGACGUAUGGGCUCUGUCGUUUUCCAGGGCUCGGCGCCGUUCUUCACGCCAGGAUGCAUGUUGUAUGCGCAGUCGGGCUCCGUGCCCCAUCUCACGCUGGACAAUCUCCAACGUGUGGUAGACGUCCCGUGGCCCAUUGUCAUACCCCUUCAAUCGGUUUACGAUAUGCUCAAGAGUGUCAAGACCUUCCGGAAGCCCCUGGGUGAAUUCUGCGGACUCCCAGCGAGAAAUCCUGUUAUCAUUCCGCUGCAUGAAGCGCUCAGAGAAGUACCGACAGGGAACAACGACUCCGCUGGUGUCGCUAUUUGGAAACCAGCCGGGAGGGUGAGAUUGUCGAGCGAAAACCUCGUGGAGCUGAUUUCAGUUUUCAAACCCAGCGCGUACCAGGCGCUGACAGACGGUGACACGCCACAAAAUUGCUCGAACAAACGAUUGAAUCAUUCAGUAACCCGAUCGGUUGACUAUCUGGAGGAGUGCCUGAAACUCCACGGAGAACAGAGUCUGAAAUCCGGUGUCCUAGCAUCGAUCCAAGGGGGAUUCGAUGUCAAGUCACGGAAAUUUUCGAUUCGUGGUACUUUGGAGAACGAGAGUCGCGUCUCUGGUUACAUCAUCGACGGUUUUCACUAUAAUGGAGAGUCCACUGCUCUCUUGAAUUAUUCGGAUAUUGAAGACGUCUUGACAGCAACGCUCAAAGAACUACCGGAGGACAAGCCGAGAUUCAUGCUGGGUUGCUUCAAUCCGGAUCUUGUGAUGAAACUCGUGGAAGCCGGUGUAGAUUGCUUCGAUUCGUCGUUCGCUUGCCUUUGCAGCGAUCGAGGCCAGGCGCUGAAUUUCACCUUCCAGGAUGUGAAACUCGCCGUGGAGGGGCCCCGUUACCUACAAUUGAAUGAGACUCACUAUAAAGAUGACAUGCGGUUGAUAUCCGAGAAUUGCAAGUGUUACACUUGCACUGAAGGAUUCACGAGGGCCUAUGUGAAUCACUUGCUCGUGACCAGAGAAAUGUUGGCUCAGGUCCUGUUGCAACUCCACAACUUGCAUCAUUAUCUCAAAUUCUUCGAGAGUCUCAGGAGCAACUUCAGCAAAUCGUGA